GUCAUUCUCUACACUUGAACUUGAUUUUCUUUGUCUCUCCACCUUACCUUUUUAUGUUGGGUGGGAUGGUUUUCUCUUUAAGAACAAGCCCUUUUCAUUUGGGAUCCUUUGUUUUAGGGAACUAGUAUGUGGAUUAAGCUAAGUAAGAACUUUAUUUUGAUAGUGAAAUAGUGCUUUUACUAUCUAAAUAACAAAAGGGCAAAAUUCCUUUCUCUAGCUUUGAACUUACAUUGAAGCUUCUUUAGUAAAUUCUCUUAAGACUAUAUAUUUUACAAUGCAAUUAUAAAUCUUAGAUGUCUCAUCAUUCUCAAGUUUAUCUCUUUGAGCAAGAGAGUUUAUGCCGAUAAGUUAUCAUCAUCAUACUUGGUAUAUCCUGCUCGUAGAAGUCUAUGCUCGUAGAAGUCUAUGAUGCUGGUAAAAGGAAAGAUGGGUAUGAAACCUCAUUCAAAUUGGACAGUAUUUACAGUUUUAACCAUUAUAAUAAGCUUGAGCUCCAAGUUGGUUCUCUCUGAAGCACAUAUCUUAUCCAACACUAAUGAAACAGGAAGAAGAUUGCUGCUACAAACACAAGAAACAUCCUACACCAUCAACCAACUAGAUGACAUUGUACGGAUAGAUCCACUAGACCAUUUCAACAAAUACAGAGGUGGAUACAACAUCACAAACAGGCAUUAUUGGAGUUCGACCUUAUUUACUGGCGUGUAUGGGUUUGGUGUCGGACUCAUAUGGCUCAUAUCCGGCAUCAUAUAUCUAACAGUGUCCUGUUGCAAAACCAACAACUAUCAGCUGAAAAAGAGAACACCAUGUCAUAAGCCAUGUUAUCUUUUCCCUCUCAUUUUCACUACAAUUCUUGUUAUCUUGGCAAUAUUUGCGUCUGGGCUGGCUUUGGAAGGGAACAUGAAAUUUCAUUAUAAAGCAAAGACAAUCAUGACGGUUAUAAUCAAGACUGCAGAUCAGGCAUCCAAUACCAUAUACAAUGCCACAGGACCAAUGAGAAAGAUCAGUGAAAACUUACAACUACAAGCUGUCGACAGUAUAGAUGGCGUCGAUGAAGCUGAUGCUGCCAAUAUGGCUGGUGCAGCGAGCUUCUUGGCUUCAACAUCUGACAAGCUUGAUUAUGCAGCAACUCGCAUUCAACGCCAAGCUCAGAAAAACCGAGACUUAGUUCAGACAGCUCUCACAAUACUGUAUUUUCUGACAAUCAUCACCGUAUCCUUGAACCUUGCAGCCGUGAUUUCCCUUACAGUUUUCGGUAUGCUAAGAUUCAAACGAGCACUCCCCAUGCUUAUAAUAAUCUGUUGGCUGCUUACUGCCCUCUGCUGGUUAUUCUUUGGAACAUACAUCUUCCUUGAAAAGCUCUCCUCUGAUACAUGCAAAGCUCUUAAAGAAUUUCGACAAAAUCCAGAUCACAGCAGCCUGAGCUCAAUCCUUCCCUGUGAUGAAUUUCUUUCAGCAAGUACCGCUUUAUCUGAUGUUGGCAUCGGAAUCUAUGAGCUCGUCGACCAGGUAAAUACAAAUAUUACUCUUCUAAGAAGUAAUUCAUACCCGGGUCUCGCUUAUGUAUGCAACCCUUUCUCCGGACCUCCAGAGUUUUUGUAUCGGCCAGGAAAUUGUGCCGCGGACACUAUCAAGAUAGGAGAUAUCCCACAGGUGCUGAAGAUGUUUACUUGUUCUGACACUAGUGGAACAAAGUGCCAGGGAGGAGGAUUAAUAAACACCAGUAUGUACAAAGCUAUAGAAGCUUACUCUAAUUCAAUACAAAGCCUGCUAAAUUCAUACCCAGAAAUGGAAAAUCUAGUGGAUUGCCAACUUGUAAAAGAUGCAUCCUCAAACAUCCUUAUCAAGCAAUGCAAGCCGUUGAAGAGAUACGUGCAGACAACCUGGGUCGCCAUGUUGGUUCUUUCAGUGGUUAUGGUGAUCUUGGUCCUGAUAUGGGUGAGUAUUGGUCAUCAUGAGGAAAAACAUCAUUUUGCAGAUGGUGCUGUAAAGCCGAAGGUCACAGCAGCAAAUAAUCUGGACCCUGAGGCAGCUAAAUCAACUGCUGAACAACAAAUUUCUUAGGAAAAGCAAGCAAUUCAAGGUUCUGAAAUAAAUAACAGAUACGAGUAUACGACACUGUAAAGGUAUUCGGUAAGCAAAAGGCGAGAUAGGAAACCCGACACACAUUAGAUAGGAAAGAAAGCUAAUCCAAGAGCACCAAGCUUUCUAAAUACUUGCUGUUGGAGACGAUCAAGCAUCACUCCAUAGUCUAUAGUCCAGUCUUAUAACAUUUUUGUUCAGCAGAAAUCCUGAUAAUUAUUUAUAGAUAUCUUACACAGCAAUGUACAGAAUAUCUGGGGACAAUCCCCAAUAAAGGAAAUCAAAGAUGUUCUAUGCAAUUGUAUUUUCGUAAUAGAUAUAUUAUUUUCAAGGACUACCCAAAUGUACAGUAGAAAAUGAAAUAAUGGGGAAAGAGAGUUUACGUGGACGAGCACUGGAACUGAACUAAUGGUUUAUAUAAGCG